AGAAAACAUCGCUCUUAAACAACCAGAAAAACAAAAAAGAAUAACAAAAGGUACUGUGUGCCGUCGACUGUGUGAAAUUUUAAACGACUUCGCAAUGCCACGCCCUUUGAAAAUGACCUACGGUGAUCAGAAGCCCCCAUACUCGUACAUAUCAUUAACGGCCAUGGCCAUUAUACAUUCGCCGCAAAGAAUGCUGCCGCUCAGUGAGAUAUAUCGAUUUAUUAUGGAGCAGUUCCCCUACUACCGGAAAAAUACGCAAAAAUGGCAAAACUCAUUGCGGCACAAUCUGAGUUUCAACGAUUGUUUUAUCAAAGUGCCCCGCAACGUGACGAAGGCCGGAAAGGGAUCCUACUGGACCCUCCAUCACAUGGCCUUCGACAUGUUCGAAAAUGGCAGUUUGCUGCGGCGACGCAAGCGCUUCCGCGUCAAGCAGCUCGAAAAGGAUAUAUCAAACUGGAAAUUGGCCGCCGCCAAUACGGAGAUGGUCUCCCACUACCUGGACGACCAGCUAGCGCAGAUGGCCUUUGCCGAUCCAUCGAGGAGUGGUCACAUGCCCAGUAACUACGAUCUCGGAAGUGCGCCCGCCGCUCAGAUGUCAACAUUCAAGGGCAUUCCACCGAUCCUUCCGUCGCCUUCAACUCAGCUUCCGGUUCGUCCAAAGCGCGCUUUCACCAUCGAGAGUCUCAUUGCACCGGAUCCUGCGAAUACGGCGAAUGAAGGACUAGUGCAAAUGGAUUACGGAAGUCCAGAUGCCGACGCAUUGAAAAAGCCGCCGUUCACCUUGCCAUUCAAUUUCAACGAGCUCGCCGCGCAUUACCACCUUUACUUUCCCAGUUUUUUGUACAACAGCCAAUAUGGCAACCUGCCGUGCUAUCAGAAAACACCGCCGCUUUUUCACAACGGCCCGUUGCCGGUCUUUUGACUAUGAAAGUUAUUCCUAGAGUUUAAUAAGGCUAUAUCUACUACAUAACUCACUAGUGGUCCUAUUAUUAUUAACUUAUGUUAUUUACUUGUGUACUCAUUUUAUUUAAACAAAAACUGUAUUGUAACGCGUUGAGUUUAGAAGAUCUCUAAAGUCAAUAAAGAAC